UUGCGUUAUAAACCCCCCGCGAUGGCGUGCCAAGUUGGUCUCGUCCUUUGGGAUAUGCGCUGCAUCCAACCUUUUUUCUUUUGCUUUGUUGGUUGCAACGCCGCCACCACCGCCUGUUUCUUCGAAUGCUACCAUGCCAUGUGCCAUUUGCUGAUCCCGCUGUUGCUGCGGGCGGGGUCAGACGAAAGAAAGUCUGGCCCUGAUGGGCUGCCCAGACAGAAAUAAAUACGGCCAUCUGCCCUUCCCCCACCUCUUUUCCACCUGUCCUGGUCAUUGGAUCCCUCCUCUCAGUUGACGUAGGCCACUCCCGCCCCGGCCAUCGACAUGUCCAAAAGACACGGUGACGAGGGCGUUGUGCCCGCCAAGGGCGAUGGCUCGCCGCACGAUAGCUACGUCGUCAACGACCCCGACUCGGAAACGGCCGGUGUCCAAGCCUAUGCCUAUGACGAGAAGCAGAAGCUGGGCGUCACGGGCGCCGUCUUCCUCAUCCUCAACAAGAUGAUUGGAACGGGCAUUUUCUCCACCCCGUCCAGCAUCUUCGCCGCCACCGGCUCCGUUGGCAUCAGCCUAAUGCUGUGGGUUAUCGGCGGAGUCCUGACCUUUGCCGGUAUCAGCGUCUUUAUGGAGUUCGGACUCGCCAUCCCCCGCUCAGGAGGCGAGAAGAACUACCUCGAGCGCGUGUACCGUCACCCGCGCUACCUCGCCUCGUGCGUCCUGGCCUCGCAGAUGAUCCUGCUGGGCUUCUCGGCCGGCAACUCGCUCGCCUUUGGCCGCUACGUCCUUUUUGCCUCGGGCGGCCUCGGCCAGUCAUCGCCUGACGGCUGGCAGGCCCGCGGCAUCGGCGUCGCCUGCAUCACCUUUGCCGUCCUGCUGCACAUCACGCUGCCCAAAUGGGGUAUCCGCCUGUUCAACGUGCUGGGCGUCUUCAAGGUCAUCGUGCUGCUCAUCAUCGUCUUCUCCGGCUUUGCCGCCCUCGCCGGCCGUCGCCUGGUCGAUGACCCCCGCAACUUCGAGAACGCCUUCGCCAUCGAGUCGGGCGACGGCUAUGGCGGCGGCGGCGCCUACGCCUACGCGAACGCGCUCCUGAACAUCGUAUACAGCUACAAGGGCUGGGAAAACGCAAACUACGUGGUCGGCGAGCUUAAGAACCCGCGGAAGACGCUCGCAGUUGCCGCCCCGCUUGCCGUCGGCGGUGUCACCAUCCUCUACGUGCUCGCCAACGUUGCGUACUUUGCUGCCAUCCCCAAAUCGGAUCUGGCAAAGUCCGAGGUCAUCGUGGCCGGUCUUUUCUUCCGCAACGUUUUCGGCGCCUCGUCCGCCGUGAGCGCGCUCCCCGCCCUCGUCGCGCUUUCCAAUAUGGGCAACGUUUUGGCGGUCAGCUUCGCCCACGCGCGCGUUAACCAGGAGUUCGGCAAGGAGGGGCUGCUGCCCUUCAGCCAGUUCUGGGCCUCCAUCAAGCCCUUCAACACGCCCGCAGCUGCCCUUUUCCUGCACUGGAUCGUGACCGUUAUUGUGCUCCUGGCCCCUCCCGCCGGCGCCGCCUACAACUUUAUCGUCAACCUGUACACGUAUCCGGGCGCCUGGAUCAACGCCUUUGUGGCCGCCGGCCUGAUCUACCUGCAGUGGAACAAGCGGGAGAACUGGACGAGCCCGUGGCACACAUACCUGCCCAUCAGUGUUCUGUACCUACUGGCCAACAUCUUCCUGGCCCUGGUGCCCUUCAUCCCGCCCGAGGGCAACUGGAACGAGGACGGGUACCCGUACUACGUCUUCCCCAUCGUCGGCGUUGGCGUGCUCGUGCUGGGAGCCAUUUACUGGCUCGUCUGGACACAGGUGUGGCCGCGGCUAGGCGGCUACCGCAUCGAGGCCGAGCGCAUCAUCGACGAGCACGGGGACGAGGUUAUUCGGUACCGGAAGGUGCACCUUCACUAGGGCAGUUGGUCUGGGAUUUUUGUUUGUUUCCGCAGGAUGGGCCUUGGCCCUUUGGCGUUUGGAUGAGAAGAUAUGUGAAUUGCUCGAGAGGACCCCUAUCGCUUUUAUUCUGAUAUUUAGCGCACGACAUAAUACCCAGCCCAGCAUUUCCUCCCG